AUGUCCGAUAACAAGUUCAAGCUCACCGCCUACAUCUCCGACGAGUCCUUGACCAUACUCAAGCAGGGUGGGUACAAACUUUGCAUCGCAAGGGAGGUCAACGGGAAAUACAAUGUGGUUUUCAUAUCAGUGAUUGAACAUCUGUUCCAGAACGUGUUUGAAUUCGAAGAGCAGUAUCGAGUCUUUGGCACAAAAAAGUUCGAGGCUGGCGCAUUGAUAGAGGCCUCCACCAGAAGAGUGCCCAUCAUGCCAGGUCAGGAGAUCCCUCUGAGUCCCGAGGGUGUUUUUGGCUCUGUUACUGGAUACGUAGAUCGGUCAAAGCCAUUCAUGGUCAACAACAACUAUAACCACCCCAUCCACUUUGGUGUUGACGCGCUUGUCAGUCAAGACUAUGCCGCAAUCCAUGUUUCUGAAGGACCAUACGUGGCCCAAGCAGUCCCCCUCAAGCCCAGUCGGAAGAUCAUGAUCUGGUUCGACAAAGAGCUCGAGUCGGGGAUGAUGAUCUACCACACCGUCUAUAAUUGCAUGCAUGUCGACUUCGCCAACACCAGCGACGUUACGAUCAAUUACGCGGCGCCAAAAGAUGCACCUGCGAAGGGUGUCUGGUCAUAUGGCGCUCUCCCAAUGAUGGUGGUCGGACAGACAUACGACCCAAGGACGAACAGAUUUUAUGUGACCCCAGAGGACCUGCCUUCUGCGGGUAUGUUCGUCAAGAUGGCCGAAUUGUUGCACCUCGAUCCUCCUACCCAUCACGGUAGUGCCGGUGAGGUUCAGGCCCACAAAUGA